CGAUCGGCGCGUGCGCAGUGGAGUCGGAGAGUGAACGAUGGGGUGGCCGGGGAUGGACCGAGGGUGGUAGAACAGCUGAUGAAGCUUUGGAGGCAAGAAGGGUUACAUUAUGGCCAUCUUUGACACGCCAAAGGAGGCUUUUAGUGCCUUGCGUCCAAUAUGUGUUAAGAUAACGAAGGAACAGACCAUUACUAAUGUACAGUGCCUUCAGUCACAGCUGCAGAAUGUUGGAGAUGCGGCAUUACAGGAUCUGCAGGAGUAUGUAUUGUUUCCACUUACAUUUGCACUGAAGACACCUGGUCCAAAGCAAGACAGAUUUCUUCAAAUUGUCAUGGAGUGUAUUCAUUUUAUUAUUUCUAGAACAUGUGUGCGGAGACAGCAGCUCCUCUGUGAGCUGUUCUCUGACCUGACCCUUUGCCUGUCCUCCCCAGGCAACCAUGGAAAGCUGACCAUAAUCUCGGAAGAGCUUAAAAUGGCUGCUGUCAAAGGACUUGAUGCCCUACUGCACUCAGCUUAUGGUGACAUUGUGCUAAGUUUGUAUGAGCCAGACAUGCUACCUGUCCAAGGAUUUGUUAUCUCAGUGCUCUUAACCAUCGCUGAACAUGAAAAAUCAAGACAGCUUCAGAUUCUUGCUCUGAAAUGUUUGUUGACCCUGAUUUUGCAAUGUGAUUGUUCUGAAAUGCACUGUUCUUUUGACAACAGUGAACUGAUUCAGGUUGGAAAUCAACUUGCCUCGUUUUUGCCUGGGAUCACUUUAGGAAUGACGCGCAUUAUCUCUGGAGAUGUUAAACAGGGUCAUUUAGUAACAACCUAUGCCAUCAGAGUUUGGUAUAAGGUGGUGUGUUUAGUCAUGGCCAAUGAACAACUGUCCAACAACAUCCUUCAUGACAAGAAAAUGAAUUUUGCAAAAGCGAGUAAACAUGCUGAACUUGUAAUCUGCAGAAAACCAGAAUGGGUAAAUAGCACUGCAAGCAAACUAGAGGUGCUUUUGCAGAAAUUAUGCAGUUGUGCUGCUGGCAACCAACACUGGAAAGUACGGUUAGAAUUGGUUGAAUUGGUUCAUCAUUUGUUGUCACACUGUAACAAAUCACUCAAGGAAUCCAUCAGCCAUCUGUUGGAGGUUCUUGUGAGACUCGUAGGUGAUGAGAGACCAGAGGUGCAAACAAGAUGUACUCAGGUUUUGAGACAUGUCUCUGAGCAGUGCGUGGUGUGGGAAAACAAAGAUUUUGCAGAUGUGCUAUCAGAUAAUUUGCAUGCACUUGCAACAGCCCUUCCAAGACUCAUGAGAACUCAAGAUGACCAGAGUAAAUUGACAUCAUUAAACUUGUUACUUGGCUACAUAAAAUUAUUAGGCAGUAAAGUCAAUGUUGUUCUUAACUCAACGGUUCAUCUUGGGCGUCUUUCAAAAGCACUGGUACAAAUCCUAGAAUUGGAUGUGACGGAUGUGCGGAUUGUGGAAGAAAGGCAAUUGACUUCUGAAGCUGCAGGUCUCCAGCAGCCAACACCCUGCUCAACAUUGGACAAGCCGGCUACACAGAAAAAAUACUUCAAAUAUUUUAACGAAGAACGUGUAUUUACAUUGCUUCAGCAGAUUUGCAGGGUUUUGGGUUAUUAUGGUAAUCUCUAUCUGCUGGUGGAUCACUUUAUGGAAUUAUACCAAGAGUCUGCAAUGUACAGAAAACAAGCUGCAUUGGUGAUUAAUGAACUAUUGCUGGGAAGUGCUGGAUUAGAUGUGUGUAUUCUGCAUGAACGAGAAACUCCAGUUAGUACAGAUGAUUUUAAGGCAGUCAUCACAUCUAUUGUUGAGGAAUAUACAAGUAUGAACAACUGGCAUUUGGUAACAAGUCUGGAGUCCGAAUAUGAAGCUGGCCUUGAUAAAAACCAACCAAGAUAUCAAGAUUUUACUGAAGGAUUCCACAGUUAUUCCCAAUUCUCAACUUUAACAGUUCAUACUAUGAACAGUAAUAUCUGGCAAAUCUGCAUCCAACUUGAAGGGAUUGGUUAUUUUGCUCGAGUGUUAAAUAAGGGAUUCUGUCUGCUUUUAAUGACUACUCUUUACCCAGUGUUAGAAAAGGUUGGAGCUGAAACUUUACUUAUUAGUCAAAUGGCCAGAGGUACAUUGGUAGACAUAUGCCAAGCCUGUGACUAUGAGUCAAUUCGUGAACUGAUAAAUCAGAAUUUGGACUAUUUAGUGAACACCAUUUCACUGAAUUUGAGAAGACUAGUUCAGCACCCUCAUACACCCGGUGUUAUCAGCGUCAUGUUUAGCUAUUCUGAUGCCAGCUUUCUACCUUUGGUUGAUGAUGUGGUUCAGGAUGUGCUCUUGUCACUUGAUCUUUAUCACAAUGAAAAAGCUCAGCUAAUUUUCACUGUCCUCCACUCCCUAUUAAUGGCCUUAGCUUGCUGGUUUCCACCUAUGGAUCCUGUUCAGAAAAUGGGGAAAUCUCAUAAAGCCAGCAGAUCUGAUACCACAGCAGAAGAAAUCCAGUGCUUUUUCCAGCAAUAUCAGAACCUAAAACGUCUAGCAGAGGGGGAUAUUGAAGGGAUCGAUCUGGACCAAGCAGAAUGUGAAACUCCCAAUCAAGCUGAUUCCAACGCUAGCUAUGACCCCCCUGAUGUGAAGAAAGAGCUACCAGCACAUAUUCGCAUUGCCAAGGAUGUGAUGGAAAGAUGCAUUCAUCUCUUAUCAGACAAAAACAUUAAACUGCGACUGAAGGUCUUGGAUGUUUUGGAACUGUGUGUGAUUGUUCUUCAGAAUAAUCUGAAUGAACUGCUUCCAAUGAUACACCGUGCAUGGAAUCCACUGGUACAAAGAUUGAUCAAUGAUGAAUCCCUCGUUGUCCUCAGGGCAUUCAAGGUGCUGUGCACCUUGGCUGAUACUGGUGGAGAUUUCCUGAGGAGCCGAGUUUCUAAAGACAUUUUGCCAAACGUGACCAGAUCUUUAGCAAGUCAAGCCAAGGCCAGUGUCAAGGCUGGGCCCAUUUAUAGCCACACUCUGUCCUACAAACUUCAAUUAGCUGUGCUUCAGGGCCUUGGAAAACUAUGUGAGAAAUUGGAACUUUGUGAGAGUGACCUCGAUGUGGUAGCUAGCACCUGUUUACCAUACCUGAGCAGCAGGCAGCCACGGAAACUUCAGGAAGCAGCCUGCAGUGUUUUUUACCAUCUAGCUGAAGUUGAUCCUGAUGCGACUUGGCUCAUUGUGAAUGAACUUUAUUGCCCAGAUGUUUACAAUCCACCACAUACUAGCCUUCCGCCCAUCCAGCUCUCUGGAAUGGGUAAACAAAGGAAUGAAUUCAUGGAUAACGUUGUUCAACUUCUGCAUAAUUUAUGACAUGGGCUGUGCUACCAUGUCUGUGUGAAACUAAAGCUGCUCUCAGUAUCAUGCAAACAACCAACUUUUUUGUUGGUGUAUUAAUUCCUUUGAGGGCAAGCAUUUAUUUUUGGAAGGAUGCAUAAUUUCGUCCCAAUGGCUUGUUUCCUGGCUUGUUUGACAACAACAUCAUGAAAGAUUUACAAAAAAGACAAUUUGAUCAUCGGUGAUGCAUGGCAACAAUGGCUCACAGAAGGAUUUUGCAUAUUGUAAUUGUCAGUGAUCUUGUUUGUUCAAUUUCAGUGGAUAGAAAUUAUUGCAGAAGCUGCACCUGAAAUACUGUGGUCCAGACGCCUUCUCUUGCUGCCUUUUGGCUCUCUCCAUAAAUAAAUUAUGCACUUUCGAGAUACAGAAGGUGUGUGAUUAACAUGCAGGUAUGCAUGGGUUGACAUAUUUGUAACAGCACUAACCUUGUCUAAAUCUUUGCAUUUGCAUUCAGGAUCUUAAAGGAACUUCAAGUUGAGAUUGAAUUGAGUCAUUAAACGACUGAACCAACUUUAGGAUACUUAUCAUUAUCAUCCAUGGGGCUGCAGAAUAUAAUGAGAUAAUUUAUUGUAGAAGCUUAUCAAUAUUUGCUUCACAUAAGCAUCUUACAUAAAGAUAGAUACAUUUUAGAAUCUGAGGGGAAGUACUAUACUGAUUAACAAUUUUUUUUUAGUUUGAAGUUUUAAGUACAAACUGCCAUUCAUUAAUGCAGCAAUUUUGUCUCAUUUACUGCAAACGCAGCAAAUCUGGUAGCUCCACACUUAAAAUGUCUUGACUUCAAGAUUGUUGGUUAUCUUCAGGAUACCCUGAAACAGGGAUGUUAUAGCAGCCCCUUCUGGUGUUUGAGGCAAGUUACAAAUUAUUAAACUGUGCACCAGAUAACAUGAGUAAGAGUUUAUGAAAAUUUCUCCUGAUUGCUCAAACCCCCACGUGCCUUGAGAAAAGGUGAAGUGAUCGAGGUGGUAAGACAUGUGUUACUCCUACACCUUUUGUAAAGCAGCUUGUUUUUAAUAAUUGCUCUGCUUUUAAUGCCAGUUUUGACUGUAAAAAGCUGGCUUCCAGCAUCUUCCAAUAUUUUUUUUAUCCAAUUAUGUUAAUUCUAAUACCAAGCAGGUGGUGGCAGCAGUAAAGCAGAAUUGUGUGGGCAUGAGUACAUGUUAGCCGCAGAGGUGAAAAGAGAAAUUACUUUAUUGCAAAGUUAAAGGACUUCACCCCCAUUGUACAUGAUUUGGGGGGGGAAAAGCAUUUCCAUAAGUUAGCUUGUGGACUUUAAUAAAGAUUUUUAAUGUUUGAA